CCCGGAUAUUGAUGAUUACAGAGGAUGGCUGACAUGGACGAGCUAUUCGGCAGUGAUGGCGACAGCGACAAUAAUGAGCAACGAGAGUCUGGCUCUGGUUCUGGCUCUGAUUCGGAGCACGAGAGACCCAGAUCUGCCAGCAACGCAUCGGCCAGCGAGAGUGACCGAGAUCACGAUGAGGAUGAGGAUGGGGGAAAACCCAGCAAUAAAGAACUGUUCGGAGACGACAGCGAAGAUGAGCAUGGCAGCCAGCACAGCGGCAGCCAGCACAGCGGCAGCCAGCACAGCGGCAGCCAGCACAGCGGCAGCCAGCACAGCGGCAGCCAUCACAGCGGCAGCCAGCGCAGCGGCAGCCAAUCAGAGAGAUCGGGCAACCAGUCAAACGCAAGCAUGCACUCUGACAAUGAGCGCAGCGGGUCAGAGGGUCACCACGAGGAGGAGGAGGAUUAUGAUGACAACAGGGGUCAAAGGUCAGAUGCUGCAAGCCUGGCUUCAGGGGCAGGAAGUCCUCAGUCUGAUAGAGGUAGUGGAAGUCCGGGGUCAGAUGCAGGAAGUCCACGCUCAUAUGCAGGAACUGGUCAUUCAGAUCCAGGCACACCUCAUUCAGAUGUAGAGGGCUCCGGGAAAGACAUGGCUCAUUCUGGAGAUGAGAAGUGGGGAGGUCAUGGAGAGAGCGACCAAUCAGAUGAAGAGAAACAGCAGAACACAGACGACGAGAGGGAACAUUCGAAUGAUGAAGGGGCGAGACGCAUAUCAGAAUCCAUGAAAGCCAGUGACAGCGAGGAGGAAUUCACAUGGAAGAAAAAUAAAAAAAUAGCUUCUGACUCUGACUCAGAUUCUGAUCCAGAAACAGAGAAAGAUAAGCAGAAACCAGAAGCAAAUGACUUGUUUGGGGAAGCAGAUGAUAUUUCAUCAGACAGUGAUGCAGAGAAACCCCCCACACCUGGCCAACCAUUGGAUGCAGAGGACGGUCUGGAAGGAGAUCAGCCUGAAGAAGAGCCGGUUUCAGAAACCAGGAUUGAGGUGGAGAUUCCUAAAGUUAGCACAGAUUUGGGCAGUGAACUAUACUUCGUCAAACUUCCCAACUUCCUUAGCGUGGAGCCCAGGCCAUUUGACCCUCAGUAUUAUGAGGAUGAGUUUGAAGAUGAGGAGAUGUUGGAUGAGGAAGGGAGGACGCGUCUCAAGCUGAAGGUGGAGAACACCAUCAGGUGGCGCGCUCGCCACGAUGAGGAGGGAAAUGAAGUCAAAGAGAGCAAUGCACGGAUCGUUAAAUGGUCCGACGGCAGCAUGUCUCUGCACCUGGGGAACGAGGUGUUUGAUGUGUAUAAAGCUCCACUGCAGGGUGAUCACAACCACCUCUUCAUCCGUCAGGGUACAGGACUGCAGGGACAAGCUGUGUUCAAAACCAAACUCACCUUCAGACCCCACUCCACAGACAGUGCCACACACAGGAAGAUGACCCUCUCUCUCGCUGACCGCUGCUCAAAAACACAGAAGAUCAGAAUUCUGCCCAUGGCUGGACGAGACCCUGAGUCCCAGAGAAACGAGAUGAUAAAGAAAGAAGAGGAGAGGUUACGUUCAUCUAUCCGCCGUGAGUCGCAGCAGAGACGCAUGAGAGAAAAACAGCAUCAGCGCGGUCUAAACGCUGGAUACCUGGAGCCUGACCGCUACGAUGAGGAUGAGGAGGGUGAAGAUUCCAUCAGCCUGGCUGCCAUCAAGAGCAAAUACAAGGGUGGAGGAGGACUGAGGGAAGAGCGGGCCAGGAUCUACUCCUCAGACAGUGAUGAAGGCUCUGAUGAAGACAAGGCCCAACGGCUGAUGAAGGCCAAGAGACUGGAUAGUGAUGAGGAAGGGGAAAACUCUGGGAAGAGGAAGGCCGAAGACAACGAGGAAUCUACUGCCAAGAAACCCAAAAAAUAUGUUAUCAGUGAUGAAGAGGAUGAGGCAGAUGAGUGAUUUUUGUUUGUGUAUUUUAUUUGUUUAUCGUACUGUGAUUGUUAAUCACAGUAAAGUAGGAGGUGUAUAUUUUGUAAAAUAGGCCAGUGGUGGUUCAGCGGUUAAGGUUUAGUUUGGUUACUGACCAAAAGGUCGGGGGUUCAAGUCCCAGCACUGCCAAGUUACCACUGUUGGGCCCUUGAGCAAGGCCCUUGACCCUAUCUGCUCCAGGGGUGCUGUUUCAUGGCUGACCCUGCACUCUGACCCCAGCUUAGUUGGGAUAUGUGAAAACAACUGCAUUUCAUUGGCUCUGUACCUGUACUCUGCACAAUGACAAUAAAGUUGAAUCUUAAUCUUAAAAAGUCAAGAUGCUCAACAUGUCAAUAAAGAACAGGACUCUCACAGUCAGUCACUGUUUGUGCUUUGUUAAAUACAUAACUUUAAGAUUUCAUUGUUAUAUGUUCAGUUUCCAUUGUGUGCACAUAUAGGAAUGAGAACACAAGGUUGAUUUUUAUAAACCGGUUAGUUCUGGUUCUCUAAUCUUACGCACCAGGUAUGCGCCCAAUGGCAAUGUAUUUUAAUGGGCUUUUUUCCGCAAACCAUGUAGAUGCCCUUACCAGGAGUGCUGACAUUCGGCACAACAGCACUGGUAAGAUGAUCAUCCUAAUUAUAACCUGUAAUUUAUGAAUGUUGUUGGGUGAAAGCACAUCCAUCACAGGUGCAGUUUAUUAUUGACAUAGAGAGUGUCAGUUUGAGAGUUUUAUUUGCUGUGGCUGCUGAGUCUGCUGGAGAGAGAUUGAAAGACAGCUAGUUUAUGUACUUUUCUGCCCCAUGGCGACAUAAUGACUGACUAAACACACACACACACACACACACACACACACUUGGAGGAUCCCUGCAACAGACAUAUGGACAUCACAGCGCCCUGAUCCCAACAUCAUUGAGCCAGUCUGGGAUUACAUGAUGAGACAGAAUUAACUGAGACAGCCUAAAUAGAUAGAACAUCUAUGGCAAGAAGAUGAUACAUGGAUGGA